UUGAACUUAAUUUUAUCUGUUCAGCUUUUUGAACCAGUGUCAUGCACGUAUACAUAUUUAUUAGGAUGCCCUCUAAGUGGAAAAGCAGUAAUAAUUGAUCCGGUGCUGGAUACCGUAGAAAGAGAUGCAAAGCUUAUUAAAGAACUCGACCUAGAUCCAGUUUAUGGCCUUAAUACACAUGUUCAUGCUGAUCAUGUCACUGGUACUGGCGAAUUAAAGCGUAUUUUUCCACGUAUGCAAUCUGUACUUUCAAAACAUGGUGGUGCCUGCGCAGAUUUGCUGGUUGAUGAUCACCAAAUAUUGACAUUUGGACAUCAAACUCUAGGAGUUCGCACAACUCCAGGACAUACUAAUGGUUGUGUCACAUAUGUAUCGCACGAUUAUAGAAUGGCUUUCACAGGGGAUGCACUUUUGGUACGUGGUUGUGGACGCACUGAUUUUCAGGAAGGUAAUCCAGAAAUCUUGUAUAAAUCUGUACACGAAAAAAUUUUCAGUUUACCCGACGAUUUUUUGCUUUUUCCAGCUCACGAUUAUAAGGGCUUCUCAGUAACAACAGUUGGUGAGGAGAAGAAGUAUAAUCCACGAUUAACGAAAAUAUUGAAUGACUUUAUCAUCAUCAUGAACAAUCUUGAACUUGCGAAGCCAAAACAGAUUGAUAAAUCUUUGCCAGCAAAUAAAGUAUGCGGUCUCUUCGAAUUGAUGGAUGAUAAAGUGUUAGAAAAAAUAAAGCAUAAAAGGGAUUAA